AUGUUGGAGGAAUACAGCCUGGUAUUGGAAGUGGACAGUCUGGCGUUGGGGGGACAGCCUGGCGUUGAGGAAGACAGCCUGACGUUAGAGGGAGAGCUGGCGUUGGAGGAAUACAGCCUGGUAUUGAAGGGACAGCCUGGCGUUAGAGGUGACAGCCUGACGUUGGAGGAAGACAGCCUGACGUUAGAGGGGGAGAGCUUGGCGGUGGAGGAAGACAGCCUGGCGUUGGAGGAGACAGCCUGCAUCAAAGACAAUGGGUUCGGUCCUGGAUUCAAUGGAUUUACCCCACUAGAAAGUAGGACCGAAUUCAGCCCCGAUUUGGAUCAAUCAGGGGUACCUCCAGGUCCAGGUCUAGGAGUUCAUUCAGGUCCAGGUCAAGGAGGAGUUAGUUCAGGUCCAGGUCAAGACUUUCAAUCAGGUCUAGGUCAAGGAGGAGUUAGUUCAGAUCCAGGUCAAGACUUCCAAUCAGGUCCAAGAGAAGAUUUCCAAUCAGGUCCAGGUCAAGGAGGAGUUAGUUUAGGUCCACGGCAAGACUUCCAAUCAGGUCCAGGUCAAGGAGGAGUUAGUUCAGGUCCAGGUCAAGACUUUCAAUCAGGUCUAGGUCAAGGAGGAGUUAGUUCAGAUCCAGGUCAAGACUUCCAAUCAGGUCCAAGAGAAGAUUUCCAAUCAGGUCCAGGUCAAGGAGGAGUUAGUUUAGGUCCACGGCAAGACUUCCAAUCAGGUCCAGGUCAAGGAGGAGUUAGUUCAGGUCCAGGUCAAGACUUCCAAUCAGGUCUAGGUCAAGGAGGAGUCAAGGAGGAGUUAGUUCAGGUCCACGGCAAGACUUCCAAUCAGGUCCAAGAAGAUUUCCAAUCAGGUCCAGGUCAAGGAGGAGUUAGUUCAGGUCCACGGCAAGACUUCCAAUCAGGUCCAGGUCAAGACUCCCAAUCAGGUCCAAGAGAAGAUUUCCAAUCAGGUCCAGGUCAAGGAGGAGUUAGUUCAAGUCCACGGCAAGACUUCCAAUCAGAUCCAGGUCAAGACUUCCAAUCAGGUCCCGGUCAAGGAGUAGUUAGUUCAGGUCCAGGUCAAGACUUCCAAUCAGGUCCAGGGCAAGAUUUCCAAUCAGGUCUCGGUCAAGGAGUAGUUAGUUCAGGUCCAGGUCAAGACUUCCAAUCAGGUCCAGGGCAAGAUUUCCAAUCAGGUCCAGCUCAAGACUUCCAAUUAGGUCCAGGUCAAGACUUCCAAUCAAAUGCAGGUCAAGACUUCCAAUCAGGUCCAGGUCAAGACUUCCAAUCAGGUCAGGUCAAGACUUCCAAUCAGGUCCAGGUCAAGACUUCCAAUCAGGUCCAGGACAAGACCUCCAAUCAGGUCCAGGUCAAGGCUUCCAAUCAGGUCCAAGAAAAGACUUUCAAUCAGGUCCGGGUCAAGACCUCCAAUCAGGUCCAGGUCAGAAGACUUCCAAUCAGGUCAGGUCAAGACUUACAAUCAGGUCCAGGUCAAGACUUUCAAUCAGGUCCAGGUCAAGACUUCCAAUCAGGUCCAGGACAAGACUUCCAAUUAGGUCCAGGUCAAGACUUCCAAUCAGGUCCAAGAGAAGACCUCCAAUCAGGUGCAGGUCAAGGAGGAGUUAGUUCAGGUCCAGGACAAGACUUCCAAUUAGGUCCAGGUCAAGACUUCCAAUCAGGUGCAGGUCAAGGAGGAGUUAGUUCAGGUCCACGGCAAGACUUCCAAUCAGGUCCAGGUCAAGACUUCCAAUCAGGUCCAGGACAAGACUUCCAAUUAGGUCCAGGUCAAGGCUUCCAAUCAGGUCCACGGCAAGACUUCCAAUCAGGUCCAAGAGAAGACUUUCAAUCAGGUCCGGGUCAAGAUUUCCAAUCAGGUCCAGCACAAGACUUCCAAUCAGGUCCAGGUCAAGGCUUCCAAUCAGGUCCGGGUCAAGACUUCCAAUCAGGUCCACGGCAAGACUUCCAAUCAGGUCCAGGUCAAGACUUCCAAUCAGGUCCAAGAGAAGACCUCCAAUCAGGUCCAGGUCAAGGAGGAGUUAGUUCAGGUCCAGGUCAAGACUUCCAAUCAGGUCCAAGAGAAGACCUCCAAUCAGGUCCAGGUCAAGGAGGAGUUGAUUCAAUUCCAGGUGAAGGGGUAGAUCAGGGCAGCUAUGAGCCAGGUCAGGUCCCAGCGGGGUUGAACCAAGGAACCAACAUCAUCAGGAGCGGCCAGGGUCAGGUCAUUGGAGGGGGUCAGGGUCAGGUCACUGGAGGGGGUCAGGGUCAGGUCAUUGGAGGAUAUACCUAUCCUACCCCGGGUACAGGGUUACCAACAGGUCCUGGGGUCAAUACUGCAGGUCACACAGGUCCUGGGGUCAAUACUGCAGGUCACACAGGUCCUGGGGUCAAUACUGUAGGUCAGACAGGUCCUGGGGUCAAUACUGCAGGUCACACAGGUCCUGGGGUUAAUACUGCAGGUCAGACAGGUCCUGGGGUCAAUACUGCAGGUCAGACAGGUCCUGGGGUCAAUACUGCAGGUCAGACAGGUGCUGGGGUCAAUACUGCAGGUCACACAGGUCCUGGGGUCAAUACUGCAGGUCAGACAGGUGCUGGGGUCAAUACUGCAGGUCACACAGGUCCUGGGGUCAAUACUGCAGGUCUCAAAGAUGUUGUGUCACUCAGAGUAAAUCUUCAACCCGUGGCUACAGACGACGACAUACUACUUAUUGGCAGCCAAGAAUCAACUAGCCUCCAGGACAACCAAGAUCAGUACCAGGACAACCAAGAUCAGUACCAGGACAACCAAGAUCAGUACCAGAACAACCAAGAUCAGUACCAGGACAACCAAUUACAACCACAGAACAAACAGGAAGUGAACGAGGCUGGAGUGCGGACAUUGGGUGAUCCUCUCAAUCAAGAACUGUUCCUGGUUACUCAAAAUCAGGUCAUCCAGGACAGUCAGAAACUCUUCCAAGGCCGAGAUCAGAUUCAGGCCACUCAGGAACUGGUCCGUGGAGGUCAGGGUCAGGGUCAAGUCCAAGGCACUCAGCGACAGAUCCAGGGCAAUCAGAGCCAAUUCCAGGGCAAUCAAGGUCAUUUCCAGGGCAAUCAGGGCCAGUCCCAGGGCAAUCAAGGUCAGUUCCGGGACAAUCGGGGUCAAGUCCAGAGUAACAUCAUCAUACAAAGCAGUGAGAAGAUUCAUGGGUCACGUGGGUCUUUAUACGUCACCCCAUCAACUAACUUUAACCCUGUGCCCAGCCUCGCCCCUAUUACCAUUGACCAGGGAUCCACCACUAAUACCCACACCAGCGGCGUCAGCCAAAUUCCCAGAGUUACUUUUACUGUCCCUUCUCUCACUAAUGUAGUCAACCUUCGAGGGAAUACGAUAGUUGCCAGCCAGAUUGAGUCGUCACCCAGCUACGAUAUCCCACUCCCGGAGCCUGUUUUUGGCCCUGUUGAUUCAAGUGGGCGUGGGGGUGUCUCUACAGGCAGGGAGUCGAGUGUGAGAUCUGAUCUUAUUCUAGAGACCUCGUAUGUCCCGCCGACGAAGGAAUUCACGCCCUCUAGUGUGGACAGUUCACAACAGGCCGCCGUCUUAUUUGUUACUGGAGUUCCAAGCCGUGAAGGGCCUUUCUCCGUCUCCCCGGCCCCUGUCUCUCUCACUGACAGCCUCAAACAGGAAGUCGUGUCUCCUGCAGUCACUCAACAGCAACAGACAUCCUUUACUGUCCCCAGACGACAGUCUACUGGAACGUCAAUCUCUCAACAGAGGCAGACAUCCUACACUGUUCCGAGACAACAGAAUAUUUUGUCUUCCAUUACCCAACAGAGACAGGUUACCAUCACCGUCCCCAGACAGAAGACAGCGGUAUCUGUCAAUCAACAGGGAACCUUAACAUUCUCUGACCCGAGGCAACAGAACAAAACAUCCUCCAUUAAACUGUCGGCCCUACAACAGGGAUAUCUUCCUCCCGUUAACAGUGUCUCACAGGUCAACACCACCAUCACAUCCCCGUCAAGACCUGGAGACACAGGUUCCUCUCCAGGUCCUCAGGUCUUCCCCAGUGGUCCAGCCAACACAGCCUCAGGUACCCAAAGACUGUCAAGCUCAUCGUCUGGGUCUAGUUCUUUUGCGUCUCCUUCAGCGUCAGUCUCUUACUCCCUUACGCCAACAUCAUCCUCGUCAGCGAAUCUCUCAGUUGUUCCUCCAUCGUUAUCUCAGUCUCUCUCCUCGUCUCUCUCUGGCAGCGUCAACCAACAGCAAGGUCGUCCUAUUAUCCUAAUCGAUAGUAACAGCAUACAGUCAGGAGCUCCCGGGGGCGUGGUGUUGCCUCUAGAACAGCACUACCUCCCUCCCUCCGCCAGAGACGUAACGCGUAAUACUCGUCACGUCGCCAGAGACCAACACAUAAUCUACGUGACUCCUGUACCCCCCGAGGAUCGACGGAAGACUUCACGGUCACGUCACCUUCAGGAGUCGAUUACGGGGCGGCGAUCCUUUCACCCUUCAGUACAAAUCACCAGCAGGAUGAACAAUAAGGAGUUUCUACCCAAGACGUCCUCACAACAAAUUUUAGGACGAGUCUUCUUCCCAUCCAAUCACAGAAGUGACGUCCCCAGCAUCACCUAUGUUGACAACUCUCGCAAGUCCUUCGCGGCGACCUCCUCCUUCCCUGUCAAUCCUUUCAACCAGUAUAAAUUAUCCUGGAGACCUAGUACUUCCAGUCAAAUAUAA